AAGCGAGGUAAACAAAAUGCACCAUAAGCAAUUGGAUUUUCCGGCUUUUCCACUUUCCCUGCUGGACGACAGCGAUCUGGAGCCGCAGAGAUGCUAUGUGCCCGUGGGUGAGGAUACUCCAGGCACAGGAUGGUGUCGCUGCAACCUUUCCGAUGGCAGCUACGCAGUUUGUUGGGUUACUCCGCGUGCUGGUAGUGAAACUUGUUGCUUCUUGGAUGGAAUAGUCACAUCGUCGUCGCGCUUUUCCCCAAACAAUGAGCGUUUGGUGCUUUUAGAGCCACUGAAACUAGCACCAUGCCUAGAAAGGAUUCCCUGCGUGGUCACAGUUAAUCAAGAGCUUCUCCAGCGCUCUCAUGUUUCCACGGAAGAUCUAGAGGACGAUGUGCGCGUGUUCCUGCGCCACCUGAAGCUUACCAAAGGGUGCUCUGUGCAGCACAGACGACUUGCCAAGUUAGGCGUUGCCAGUGUGGAGAUUUUUGAUGCUCCAGGUGUUGCCCCUGACGAAUGUUUUGAAAUAUCCCGAGAUGCUAGGCUGCUCCUUGUGGAUACAAGACUUGGAAUGCCCUAUCCCUUGAUUUCCACAUCAAAGUACCUGCCACACAGCUUUGAGCAGCCCAUGAACGACUUGAAGCAACUACUAGAAACUUCAAAAAGCAGUUUCUCACACAGUUUUCCUGCAACAGCGUUAGUUGUGGGACCUGUGGGAUGUGGAAAGAGUCGCCUUCUCGGAGAGUUUAUGCGUCGACAUAGCUGUAAUUGUUUCUAUAUUACAGCCAGUCAUGUGCUGCGUUCAUAUCCAGGCGAAACGGAAGAGGAGUUGAGAAGAAUUUUCCAGUCAGCUGAAACUUUCAAGGAGCAAUUGCGUCCACUAUUGCCCAUUGUAAUACUUAUUGAGGAUCUGGAGCUACUCUGCCCUUCUACGAGCGUCGCAGAUGCCAAGAACUUAAGCAAUGCCCUCCGUAUCUCAGCUGAACUAUACAAACUUAUUGAUGCAUUGCCCCCAGGCAUCAUUUGUGUGGCUACUUCGGGGACCCCAGACUCCUUGCAUGAACAUGCGCGCAGACGUUUUAUAAGAGAAGUGUCUAUCGAGAUGCCCAGCGAGGAGCAGCGCAGACAACUCGUAGAUGAUCUUUGCCGAGAGCAUGACCUCGAACUCUCGGAGACUUUACUCGAUCACUUAGCAAGGAAUACUCAGGGCUACGUGAUGGCGGAUCUAAUACUCCUCUUGCGCCGCGUGCAACAGGAACUGCUAACCAAAGAUGACUCUAAUGUAGAGGAAAUCUUUCGUCAGUCGUUGCUCAGAACUCAACCUAGUGCCUCGCGAUCCACGGAUGUGCGGGUGUCAAAAAUGGCAUGUGGGUUUGAGGUUAUUGGAGGAAUGGAAUCAUUAAAACGCACUUUGCAAGUCUCAGUUUUAGCGGGUCUAAGACAAAGUGCCGCUUUUGCUCGAUUCGGACUGAGUCUACCCAAGGGGGUGCUGCUGUACGGACCCCCAGGAUGUGCCAAGACCACCAUUGCCAAGUGCCUGGCCAAGGAGGCUGACAUGACCUUCAUUGCCACCUCGGCAGCAGAGGUUUACUCGCCCUAUGUUGGAUGCGCCGAGAAAUUUAUUUCACGAAUCUUUGACACAGCUCGAAAGAAUGCACCGUGCCUUAUCUUUCUGGAUGAAAUUGAUUCUCUAGUUGGAAGAAGGACAGUCUCAAGUGGAGGAGGUGGAGGUCAGGUUCAGUUAAGGAUUCUUUCCACGCUGCUGACUGAAAUGGAUGGCAUUGUGGGUGGGAGCAGUCAGCAGCAUAUACUUGUGGUGGCGGCUACCAAUCGUCCAGAUAUGAUUGAUGACGCCCUGCUGAGACCCGGCCGCUUCGACAAGCUCAUCCACGUUCCAGCGCCGGAUGUGGAAUCCCGCCUGGAGUUGCUAAAACUCCACCGCCAACGAAUGCCUUUCCAUGAAAAUGUUGUUCUUGAGGAGAUUGCUUUACGCACCGAUCGUUAUUCUGGAGCCGAUCUGUGCAAUCUCUGCAAUGAGGCGGCAAUCGAAGCGUUCCAGCGUGACUUUGAGGCCACUGAAAUACAGCUGCAAGAUUUUGAGAAGGUAUUAAUCAAGCAGAAAUCUUCUCUUACGCAAAGUCAAAUAGAUGGCUACUAUAAAUUUGCUUAUAGGUUUUUGUAAAACAUGACUUUUUUACGAAAUGUAAAUAGAGUUAGAUUAGUUUGUUACUUCGCUUUAAUACAUUAUUUUAAACUAUUAAAACUUCACAAAAA